AUGCCGAAAGAAAGAAAAUCAUGCUCUCAAUGGUUAAAUGAAUCGAAAGAGUUUCAAGUUUUAAAGGACAAUUUAUUAUUUUGCAAAGCUUGUGGUAAGUCGUUUAAAUGCGAAAAAAAAUCGCAUUUAACUCAACAUCAAAUCAGCAAUCUACAUAAAUUGAAUGUGAAUAAAGGUUUACGUCAAACAACCGUGCAAGGAUCUUCUGUUGAUACAAGUCGUAGUUUUAAUACGGACUUGUGUAACGCUUUAAUGGCGGCAAAUAUACCGUGGACUAAACUUAGUAUGCCAAAGUUGAAGGAAUUUCUAGAAAAAUAUUGUGGUAGGAGCAUUCCGAAUGAAUCGAAUCUCACCAGGUGUUACGAAGAGACCAUCAAAAAUAUUCAAAACGAAAUUGGAAAUUCCGAUAUUUGGAUUUGCGUGGACGAAUCCACCGACCGAACAGGUCGGUACAUAGCAAAUCUAGUCAUCGGAAAACUUUCUGAUACAGAACCUGGAAAACCAUAUUUAUUGGCUUCAAAGCCCUUAAUAACUACAAAUUCCACAACUGUAUCUAGAUUUAUAAAUGAUUCACUUGGAAUAUUGUGGCCUAAUGGCUUGAAAUACAACAGAGUAAAAUUGCUGGUUUCGGACGCAGCAGCGUACAUGUUAAAAUGUGGUCGUGAUCUAAAAAUUUUUUAUCCCGAUCUUAUUCAUUUUACAUGUUUAGCCCAUGGAUUAAAUCUUGUGUGUGAAACAAUUCGAAACAAUUUUGAAAAUAUUAAUGGACUGAUUUCCAACGUUAAAAAGGUAUUUCUUAAAGCCCCUCUUAGAGUACAACACUACAAGAAUGCUUUACCAGACGUACCUCUGCCACCAGAACCAAUUCUUACUAGAUGGGGUACUUGGCUAAAAGCGGCCAUAUUUUACGCAGAUCAUUUUGAUGAAAUUAAAGAGGUUGUACUUGGCCUCGAAGCAACAGCAUUGUGUGUUGAAAAAGCGGUAUUUUACUUUAACUGCCCGAAUAUCAAAGAUCAAUUAAUUUAUAUAAAGGCAAAUUUUAAAAUAUUAAUUGAGAGUAUUAACAAAUUAGAAGCUGUAGGCGUUCCACUUACUGACUCUUUGGCAAUUGUGGAAAAAGUAAUUAACACAUUGGAACAAUCUGGCGGAGAGGUGGCGAAUCUGGCUUUGCAAAAACUCAAAGCCACAAUUAAUAAAAAUCCAGGUUUUGUUACUUUAAUGGGAAUUAAAAGGACGCCCUAUCGAAGUGGAGAAGAGAAAAGGGGAAAAUAG